AUGGACACGCUCAAGGGCAUUUUCCAGACUUUCAACCCAGACGUCAGGGCCUAUCCGUCAGCCAAGGCUUUCGAUACGGCCGCCAAAAGCUAUGCGGCAUCAGUAACAACAAACCUGCCGCCGGCGGCACGAGCCGCCAUCCUGCAGCAGCCGAUGGAAGCCAUUCAGCUGGUAGACCCCGCCAACAACACCAUCGGCGGCCUUGCCAUCAUCGAUACCCUCCUCCGCGGUCAGACUCCACCGUCUACUCCGCGCGCGUUGAUACUAGACGAGGCUCUGCGGUUUCUUCUACAGGUUGAUCCUGUGCAGAUCAGAUAUGUCGGACCGCUGUUCAAAUCCCUGCUGGAUGAUGCCAACAGCUAUUAUACGCCCAAAGUUGCAGUGGAACUGCUUUCCAAUGCAAUCCUUCGAAUCGACCCGAGCGGAACCGUCUUCACAUCAACACACCUAAACAUGGCUAAAUUAGCCUAUGAUGCUAAUUGCAUCGAGCCCGCUCUCAAGGUCUUCGAUGCCGAUAUUCUUUACUAUGCGCGGCCUACAGCCUCUACGCGCCUCGAGCUCAACGAUCCGGCACUUCAGCCUCAGAACUACAUACCCGCCGCCGGCCUGACAGACACCGUCAAGAGCACUUCCGUUCUCGAAUACCACUUUCUACAAGCCAUGGCGUACAUUUCAAGGAGAGACUGGUCCAAGGCACAAUUGGCGCUAGAGAGAGUCAUUGGGCAUCCGACCAAGGACAAGGGAGUGAGCAAGAUCAUGGCCGAGUGCUACAAGAAGUGGCUAUUGGUAGGAGUGCUGAGAGACGGAAAGCCUCCAACUCUCCCGUCUUACAUUACCAGUUCGACAAAGUCAAUCUACUUUGGGCUCAGCGAGGCCUACAACAGUAUCGCGUCAUUAUUCCCUACGGAUGGUGCGGCAGCACUCAAGGAAGAAUUUGAGAAACGGCGAGCCGUUUGGGAAGAGGACCAGAACCUGAGCCUGCUUGAGGAGGUAUUGGUGUCGUAUCAGAAGUGGCAGAUUAUCAACCUCCGCCGGAUAUACCACCAAGUCUCCAUUGCUCAGAUUCGGCAGACGACUCUGAGCGCCACCACGGCCGAGACGCUCAAGGACGAUGGGGAAGUCCUCAUGCUCAUCAGCGAAAUGAUCGAGUCUGAAAUGCUCAAGGGCCAGCUCCAGAUCGGGUCUACGGCCGGCGAAAGCUAUCUGACGUUCCACGAAGAGUACACAUCGAUGACGGAAGGCGAAUUUGCGGCUGAGGUGGCCCGCUGCCAUGCCAGCAUCGAGGCAUUGACGAAACAAUACCGGGCGACAAACGAGCGGCUUGGCACGACAAAGGAGUACGCGCGACACGUGCUUCGAGAGCAGAAGCGGAUGGAAAAGGACACGGCAGAUGCCGGAGUCGGCUUCGACAUGAAUGUAGAAGACGAGGAUCUGAUGACGGGUGUGCUGGGCAGUGUCUAG